UUCCACACACACACACACACACACACACACACACCACCCUGUUGUCCUGCUCUCCGCUCUGCUCUCUGUGUGUAACCAUGUCGGAUUUAGAGAACUGCAUGAACACCAUCAUUCACAUCUUCCACAAAUACUCGGACCGAGAGGGAGACAAGAACACGCUGAAGAAGAGCGAGCUGAAGGAACUACUCACACACGAACUGCCCUCGUUCACAGAGCACAUUAAGGACCAGUCUUCAUUUGAUUCCCUGAUGGAGGGUCUCGACACCGAUGGAGACGCCGAGUGCGACUUCCAGGAGUUCAUGACCUUUGUCACUAUGGUGACCAUCUGCUGCCACGUGUUCUUUCACGAGGACGAAUGAGAUGAAGAGGAAGAGGAAGAGGAGCAAGCUGGAAAUUUAACUGGAGUUUAUUAGUAGUAAUAGUGUAACAUCAUAGAAUCACAACUCAUAACAUUAUUAUUAUUAUUAUUGCUGUUGUUGUUUCUGUGUUUUUUGACUUGGUUAUGUUGAUUUGCUGAAUUCCUUCAAUGAAACUGGGCUGGACUGAGAGGCUUCAGCUGGUUUGAACUAGUUCUUACUGGGUUUUGCUGGUUUGUUCCCAUUGUUGGCAAGUUGUUAUUGGUUCUGGCUAGGUUGGAUUUAUAGUAACUGGUUAUGACUGGUGAAUCUGACCGGUUCUAUCUAGUUGUGAAUGGAUUUGAGUGAAUUGUAAUAAAGUUACUAUUGUUUGUUAGUUUUUUGGUCUGGUGUUUGGACUAGUUUUAACUUGUUUGCACUGACUGGAUUUGACUGGUUUAAACUGGUCUUGACUGCCUAAUAAUAGGUCAUUGAAGGUUCUUCAAAUCAAACAUAAAAGGAAUUUAUCAUGAAUUAUUGCUGUUGUUGUUGUUUUAUCCAACUAUACAUUUUUAACCAUAUUUGCUAACGUUUAUUUAUUUAUAUGAAAAAUUAAAGAAAUUAAAAUGAAUGUAGUGGCUGGACAUCAUAACCUUACUUUCUGUAAAAUGAAUGGAUUUUAGUACGGCAUGAAAUUUCUCUCUGUGAGUUGUGAUUUUUUUUUUCAGUUGGACUAAAACAUACAAUACAAGCUUAAGUUACUUAAUGAAAACUAAUUUAAACUAAAACCUUAUUAAUUUAUGUCUCUGUGGAAUCCAAGUUCACAAGGUUCACUUUUAAUGCUGAUGUGAAAUAGAACUAGCAUCGCUAACUUGCUACGCCUGACACAUACAGGCCUUUAUUGUAACCAACAAUAAAAUGAUUUCAACACGUC